CAUGUGUACACACACAGCGCAGCGAGUGACUCAUACACCCCCGUUGUUUGAAUAUGGCGGUCUUUUUGUAUUUGCAAAGUGACGAUUUCUCUAAAACUGACUUAUGUCGGCGAUUUAUUGAGUGAGCUUAGCUCUAUUCAACAUGGCGACCGGAUCAUACAAUCCAUCAUCCUCAACUCAUCACAACAAAGGAGAAACAAGGCAGAGGGUAGCUGCUACAACAUUCUCAGCAACAACAACAACAAUGACAACUCAUCAACAACAACAGGCAGCCACCCUCCAGCCAAGCUACAGCACCCAUGACCAGCAAGACUAUAUGAACCCUAACAAGAGAGGGAGGCAGCAGCAGGACAGCAAGAAGUAUGGUUACUUCAGCCGUAAUGAGUCGGUGAGGCGGAGUGGCAAGAGGCUAGCUUCCAAACGAAGAGAGAUAGAGGAUAGUGAGGCUGCUAAAUUGACAGGAAUAUUGAAGAUCUUGAUCAAGACGAAAGCGAGCUGUGUCUCAAUUCGAGUUUGCGCAGCCAAGGAGCUGAAAAUGCCAUGCAGGACUCAGCAGUGCACAUUGUAUGCCAGGAUUUCUCUGGUCACCCAAGGCAAGGAGAUCCUGAGGGAGUUCACAUCCAUCCAACAUGACACCAGAGAACCCAAGUUUGACAAAACGUUUUAUAUUCCAUUAGAACUGGUUCAACUUUCAAGCAGACUCGUCAUUCAUCUCAAUAGACAGACAGGAAAAAGGUUCGAUGAUGUAAUUGGCUGCAUGUCUUUUGGGAUGAAGAACAUGAUAUCUUCUUCAAAGGUCAUCAGUGGAUGGUACCAUCUUCUGAGAGAGGACGUAGGAAGAACUAAGCAUCUGAAAGUUAACUCGACGACGAGUGAGAAAGAGGAGCACCAAACAAACAGUUGGGCCAGAUCAAAGGUCAACACCCGAAAGAGGAAGAGAGAAGAUGACCCCCUAGAAGAGGGGAAAGCAGGAUUGAUCGAAGGAGGAGGGGCAAAAGGUGGAAAAAAGGAGAAACAGAGAGGGUGGCUAAGGUCGGACGGACUGCAGGAAGAGAAGCGGAAGAGAAGCGAAGGGCACGAAAACCUUGAUCAGCUGCGACACAAAGAGCUAGUCAGGAUCCACGGGGAUCGAGAGAUCGUUGAGAGUCUCGUCGAUGGGUACCAGGUCCUGGACUUUGCCAGAGAGGCGCCGACUCAGGGUGCUGAUUCAAAAAGGUUGAGACCUGGGAGUGAACGGUUGCAAGAGGGAGGAUUGGACAACCGUCGAGGUACAGGGACCUGGGGUGGCGGAGAGAAAAGGUUUGGAUCCGAGGGAGGACCAACAGCGAAAGGACAGAGCUCCAGUGACUCAGAAGCAGGCUGCAUGGAUCGACCAGACUCACUUCUUUCUUGGAUAAGUCUUCACUAUGUUGUGCUGAGCAAGGAUAAGAAUGGGAAGUAUGGCUUCACGCUUCUGGAUACGCUUCCGGUCCAGGUCGGGAGUGUUGAAAAGGGGAGCCAAGCAGAGACUUCAGGCCUGCUGAAGGGAGACUACUUUCUUGAGAUUGGAGGUUACAAUGUGGCUGGUAUCAACAGCAGGGGGAUCAAAAAUGUUCUCAAGCAAACAAAUAACGAGAUUGAAGCCUUAGUGCAGCGUCAUUCAGACCCGUCCACCAGACCAUGCAUCCCACCGCGCCCUUCAAAGCCGAGACGCAAGCUCCGAGAUGGGGAGAAGGAGGAGGAUAUCAAACGCAACCUGCGAAACAGGAGAGUCAAGAGUGUCAAGGCAUCUGCAGCCAAAGCGCAGGCCAUGAUGGAGAAGAGAGGGGUUGUGCUUUCAGUGCCGGCUGGAUCCUCCAUGACUGCACCGUCCAUUGGUCUUGUCCAGAAGCGAUUGAAGCGGGAACUCAUCGCGACGGUCGCUAGGAGACGAGACCGGAUGGUGGUGCUGAGCGAGGAGGAUCAGCUCUUGAUGGAGGCUGUGUUUCUUGCGGAUGAAAAGAAGGAGGAGGGAUCUCUAGGAGAGAGGAAUGGACCUGAGGGCAGGUGGUCAAGCAGUACAGAGGCCGUUACCACAGAGAGCAGAGAUGAUGAUGUCUUCAUGCAACCAGAGAGUGCUUCGUCAUCCUCGUCCUCUAGAGAAUCUAUGGUCAGCUCGAUGCGAGAUUCCUUCAGUGAGUCGCUGAGAGAUUCCGCAAGGAUCUCUAUCAGGGAUUCUAUUCCUGAGGGAGCUGGCAUCGUCAUACCAAGUGUGCAACGAGACUCACCUCGAGAAUCCCUGAGGAUAUCCUCAUUGAGAAAUUCAUUCCAGGAAGCAACCAGGGAUGCCUUGAAGAACCCUCCCCAGGAUAGUCCUAGAGGAUCUGCAAGGAACUCUCUGCAGGAUGUGACGAGCAUUCCAUCCAGAAGCAAUUCUGAAGCAAGUAAAGAGUCUGAUGAUUCCUCUAAAAAGUCAACCACUGUCUAUGAGAAUGCUUGGAUCAUGCUGCCAAGGAAGAGCCCCAAGGAAGAAAGCACCAUCUAUGAAAAAGCCAACUGCUACUGUUCAACCUGUCCUCCCGUUCCUCCAAGAUCACCUAUCAGGAAACUGUCUGAUGAUUUCACUCAACAGAUCAUUGUUCAGCCUAAGCUGCCCAAGAGAUGGAGUCCUGAUGGUGAGGCUACACUGACUGACAAUGUACAAGAUGGUGGAAAGAUGCCCCAGAGUGAACGCACACUGGCCAAGUCCAGUAUGUCCCUGAAUGAACUUGAUGGAAGCAUGAACAGUUCCAUGAAAUCUUCUGUGUCAGAAAGGCAGCUGUCCAAACCACCAGCCGUUGCAAAGCGUAAAGGGAGUCUACCCCAACUACGGAUAUCCGGUUCCUAUGAGAAGCACCUUUCAGCAUCUUCCGUGGCAAUUGGGGAGCUGGACAGCCCACUGAAAUCAUCACAGUCCGAUAGAAACCUGGCUAAACCUCCCGUAGUUGCACCUCGCAAAACUAGUUUGCCCCAGCUGAUGAAAGCAAGCUCGCAUGACAAUCACUUUAGCUCAUCGACUAUGACCAUCGGGGAACUUGAUGAGACUGUUACAAGGAAGGACUUGAAGGCCUCAUGGUCUGAAAAGCAACUUGCAAGAUCUCCUCCAAAAACAGUUCGUAAAAGCAGUUUACCCCAGCUGUUCAAGUCAAGCUCUUAUGAAGGGCAGCUUCAAUCAUCUACUAUGUCCAUUGGGGAACUUGAUGAGACUGUUACAAGGAAGGACUUGAAGGCCACAUGGUCUGAAAGGCAACUUGCAAGAUCUCCUCCAAAAACAGUUCGUAAAAGCAGUUUACCCCAGCUGUUCAAGUCAAGCUCUUACGAAGGGCAGCUUCAAUCAUCUACUAUGUCCAUUGGGGAACUUGAUGAGACUGUUACAAGGAAGGACUUGAAGGCCACAUGGUCUGAAAGGCAACUUGCAAGAUCUCCUCCAAAAACAGUUCGUAAAAGCAGUUUACCCCAGCUGUUCAAGUCAAGCUCUUACCAUGGGCAGCUUGAAUCAUCGACUAUGUCCAUUGGGGAACUAGAUGAGACUGUUACAAGGAAGGACUUGAAGGCCCCAUGGUCUGAAAGGCAACUUGCAAGAUCUCCUCCAAAAACAGUUCGUAAAAGCAGUUUACCCCAGCUGUUCAAGUCAAGCUCUUACGAUGGGCAGCUUGAAUCAUCUACUAUGUCCAUUGGGGAACUUGAUGAGACUGUUACAAGGAAGGACUUGAAGGCCUCAUGGUCUGAAAGGCAACUUGCAAGAUCUCCUCCAAAAACAGUACGUAAAAACAGUUCACCCCAGCUGUUCAAGUCAAGCUCUUACGAUGGGCAGCUUGCAUCAUCUACUAUUUCCAAUGGGGAACUGGGUGGGCAGAGUCCUGUUAAGCCAAAGCCACGUAUCGCAGAGCGGCAACUGGCCAAAGUGGCACCAUUCAAACGAGAGACAUUCAGGAGCAAGUCUGAAGAUGUCCUUGAUGGCAACACCUUCCGUGAGCCUCGUGCUGCAUCUGACGACCUCUACGCUAAUCAGCACAUCAUGAAGAAAGGGAAGAGCCAGUCCUUUGCUGCGAUGUCACGCUCACUCCGCCGCGACAAGGCCAAGGCGAAACCUCCUGUGCCCCCGAGACAUUAUGUCAAUGAAAGGAUGGGAGGUCGUCCUGGGGAGAAUUCUAAUGGAAUGAGUACUCGUAGCAUCCCUGAUGAUUACCGUGGCGAUGAGGAUGAAGAGGAUGGAAGCACCAGGAUGAGAUGCUCCUUUGCCCAGUUUGGAAGGAUGGAGGAGGUGCUUUUUACCAAAGGAAUAGAGCCCUUUCCACUUGGUCCACCUGAUCGAGACCUAGUCCAUGCAGGGAGACUAUUCUAUUUCAACAGACGCAAAAAAUUCAGAGAGGUCCUGGUCCUUCUCUUCAAUGAUGCUAUCGUGAUUGCUCGCUCCCAGCAUCAAGAUGGCCGCCUACGCGUGAUCUUCCCUCAUCUCCUUAUCCUGAACAUCAGUCUGCUCAACUUUAAUUGUGAAAAUGCUCGUGAGUUUCACAUCACACCCGUGCUGUCCUCUGGUGGUCAUGAUGCAGCCUGCCAUAAGGGUGCCAUGGUGUUCCGAGCUCCUUCGGUCAAGCUGAAGAGGUCGUGGCAGAGGGUCUUGACCCAACAGGCAAUGGCAGUGAAGUACACCAGCCUUGGAAAGGUAGGAUGGUGGUGAUGAGGAUGAUAGUGGCGGUGGUGGUGGUGGUGGUGGUGGUGAUGAUGG